AUGAAGUGGAGGACGGUAUUCAUUUUCCUGUUAGCUGCUCAUAUCGGACUUGCCAAUGUUAAACAAAAAAAGAAGGAUCUAUCCAGUUACACAGAUGCGGAGCUGGAAAAGCUGUAUGAAGAGUGGGAGGAAAACGACGAGGACGAACUAGAAGAAGAUGAGAAGCCAGAACACAAAAGAAAACCGCCACAAUUGGAUCUGGAAAGUAUGAAGGCAAAAGCCAAAGACCCGGAGGAUCUUCUUAUGAUGUCAAAGAAAGGCCAAACAUUGAUGCUCUUCGUCGGAGUUGUUGAUCCAUCGCAACCAGAUCGCUCGGAUAUUCGCCCGUUCACGGAAAAAUGGACGCAAAUAUGGCAAUCUCAACUCUACAAUAAUCACGUGGAUCUGCAAGUUUUUGUGAUUGACGAUAAUAGGGCCAUCUUCAUGUUCAAAAACGGAGAACAAGCAUUCGAAGCAAAGAAAUUCCUUUUGAAACAAGAAUUCGUUUCCGAAGUGACGAUCGAAGGACAGAGCUUUGACGGACCUGCGAAGAAAUUCAAAACUGGCAAGAAAGAGCUAUAAUAUUCACAUAUCCUAGUCAUUUGUAUCAAAUAUUUAUUUACGAGGUUCCCCAAUUUCUCAUGUGCCUUUUUGCAUUUCACUUACUUUUUACAUAAUAUUUCACUCAUAAAUUAUAUUUUCU